ACGCUUUUCUCCCGACGACCUUUCUUCACCUCCCAUCUAUCACCACUGGCACCCACAAUGUCCGCCCCACCAAUCCCUCACCCAAUAACCGUCCUUCUCAUCCGGCACGCCGAAAAACUCCCGUGGUCAUCCGGUAACCAACCCACAGCCCUCCAAAAGUCCGAAUACGUCGAUACACACAUUCUAUCACCAAAAGGAUACGAACGCGCUCAAGCUCUCGUUGCGUAUUUCUUGCAUAGAGAAGAGAUUCUCCAAUUGCUGGAACGGAGGCCUUGGGGGGCGGUGGUUGCGCAGAAUGUGGAUGAGGUUGGCGGGUGGGGAUUGAGUUUGAGGCCAAAGGAGACGGUGGAGCCACUCGUCAAAGCAUUGGAGCCCCAUAAAGUGCCCUUCCACCUCUACACGAAAUCUAACCUCCCCUCCCUCGUACAACUCCUUCGCUCCGGAGUGUACAAGGAUAAAACAGUACUUAUUUCCUGGGCCCAUCAACAGCUCCCCGAUCUCGUCAAGGCAUUGGGUGUACCCAAUGACAAGGUACCCAAAUGGAAUAAAAAGAGGUUUGAUGUGACGUGGGUAGCGGACUUUGACGGGAAGGGAGGCGUAGAGUUUCGCCAGUUGCCUCAGAGAUUAUUGUAUGGUGAUGAGGAUGGGAUUAUGGAGGUGGGAAAGAAAAAGGAAUGAGAGAAACGGCCUCUUGCAAAGAGUUGGCGUCGAAAAGCCGUAGUGCAUUCUAUUACACAGUUAGAUUACUAUAAUACGUAUAACCAAAUGGCAUUACUAGCCAAAACUAC